AUGGACCAAUUACCUGAAUUCGGUCGCGAGAUUUGGCCGGGCUUGAUGCCCACGAUGAAGGCAUAUGCCACAUUGCAUGAGAAGAACAGAAGCAGCAUCGAGUCGACACCACGAGAGGAGUUUACCUACGGCUCAGAUUCUCGCCAGAAGCUCGAUGUCUACAGUCCAAAGCAAGUCUCUGAUGACACGCCCAUAUUGGUAUUCCUCUAUGGAGGUGGUCUUUCGCGAGGCGACAAGCGUAUGCCUACUCCGCCAACAGCUGAAGGUCUGGUGUAUGCGAACAUCGGGCACUAUUAUGCGUCGAGAGGUUUUCUCACAGUGAUCCCCGACUAUAGACGCACAGGCGAAGGUGCAGCUUUCCCGUCCGGAGGUCAAGAUUUGGCAGGCGCGCUCGAAUGGAUCAGAAAUCGCUUCAACACUGGCAACCACAAAGUCUGGAUCAUGGGCAACUCUGCUGGUGCAGUACACUCUGCAACCUGGCUGCUCGAGCCCUCGCUCGCCGAUUCGAGAAAGACGGUCCAGACAGGCUCUGUAGUGGUCCAAGGAGUCAUACUUGUCUCUAUACCAGCACACUUCCAGCAAGCCGGUGCCGACCGCUCAGAGGUGCUUACUGCAUAUUACAAAGACAGAUUAGAAGAGGAUUGUGCUCUGGGGCUUGCGUCAAGAGCGCAGAUUCCAAUUACGAAGUUGUUGGUGGUGACUGCCACGUUGGACCCUGAGGACGAGAUUCUCAAGCCCUCUCAAGACUUUGUCAACAAGUACAAAGAAAGAUUCGGACAAGAUAGUCUGAGUGAAGUGCUGCUCGAAGGUCACAAUCACUUCAGCACCACCCUUGCACUAGGCACCGGAAUCGAGCGGGAAGAGUCGUUGGGCGCAGAAGUGUUCCAAUGGAUGGACCAGGUUUGA